UUGUACUCCAACUGGUUGCUGUUAGCGCGAAUAACCGUCUCUCAUAACAGGCGCGACAUUAUUUACGUUGUUGUGGUCGGAAGCACAAAAGAAGCCGACCAGCGAAUGGGCUGCCGUAUGCGUGUGGAACCAUCUCUGGAAAGGAGUGAGUUUUUAGUGAUGCACGGAGCUCCUCCUGAAAGCACUAGACGCCGCCGAGAUGAUAUCACGAUAAAAUACUUAGUGCUAGGCUAUUCCGUUGCAGUUUUUGACUUCCAUGAGGCAAAAGCGAUGAGUGCGGGACCCCAGGAUAUCCAAGUCACCGAGUAUCAAGCACUGGAGACCUUCACUUCUUUUGGCACCAAGGGGCACACGUAUGGCGAUACGAAAGAGAUCACGGUUAUCUUACUCCUUUUUUUUUUAGCUCUCAUGAUCGAAGAGGGUGGAGACUACGUUGAGUUGCAUUCAUCAGAUGAAGCACUGCUCAGCCAGGCAUUUUAA